UCAUUGAAGGGCCGAUCGACGAACAUAUAUUCUGAUUCUCGAACGAAAAUGUCCCAAAAAAAUAAAAUAAAAAAACCAAAAAUGAAUAACUUUGACCACUCUCGACUCACCGACAGCGAUGCUAGUCCGUGCAAAAUUCGAAAACUGAGCAAGUCGUUGUCCAAGAAGCAGGCAGUCACAGAGCUAUUCGCCAGUUUCGUGAAAACACAUCGUUUUCGUCCCAACCUCGAUGCUCAGAGGAUUCAUAAAAUAAUUGUCGUGAAGUUAGUGGAACGCUUAGAAAGUAAGGAUGCUAAUGAUCGCAAAUUUAUGCAGGAUAUAUUGCGCCGCAUCUAUUUAAAUUGUAUCGACUUGCGUCCAUUUAUUCGCAGUCAGUACAACGAUGUAUUCUUUCGAUUAAUUUUCGAAAAAAAUGACUUUCUUUGCAUCGCAGAAAUUCUGGACGCUUACUAUGAUAUAAUCAUGGGAUUUACUCAACCAGUUGAGACCGAACAUGAGCAACUGCUCUUUAAGAUACUUUUGCCUUUGCACAAGCCACCAUCGCUACCAAAGUACUUCAAUCAGCUGAUAAAAUGCGUUAUCGCACUCCUUAUCCAAAAUCCAUCUUUCAUUGAGAAAUAUUUAAAAGGCUUUCUACGUAUCUGGCCGAAGACGUCUAUUACUAAGGUGACUUACUUUCUAAACGAGAUUGGCAGAAUUCUGCUUAUAAAAGAUGAGCAAAGGGUCAAGAAAGUCCUGCCGAUGGUGUUUAAUCAUAUUUCCAAAUGCCUGUGCAAUGAAAGCUCUAAGAUAUCUGAGUACACUCUUCUUUUGUGGGAAAACUAUGAGGUCUUGGAGGUUAUAGAUCGAAACCACGAGCUCAUCAUACCCAUCGUACAACCACACCUAUUACGCAUAUUGAUCCGUCAUUUGGGAACACCAAUGCAAUCGCAUGUCUCCAUUGUUUUAUGUUAUUUACUAAAAAUGAACAACACGCUGUUUAAAAGCCUGACUUCUAUGUGUAUGUGCGGCAAAGAACCGAUGAAGGCCAAGAGUUCUAUACUACUUGAGCAUAUUAAAUAAGAACUACAUAAUGAUUACAACAGAAACAUUGCAUAUAUACUUUAUAUGUCAUAUUUCUUAACACUUCAUACUUUUCAAUACAGCUGAAUUCAAUACUAUAACAUUAAAAACCUUACACAACUUUGAGCACAAUCUACAUAUAUCUGCAAGCGGGCUAAUCAUUUCAAUGCUGAUCAAAUUAAGACAUUAACACGUUCCUGCAUAUGCCAGGAACCCUAUACAUGAUCAAUCGCCAAAAAUCAAUCAAUUAAUCGAGGAUUUUAUACAAACCUUUGCAUACAACUUAAAAAUGGUGGCUUGAUAAUAAUCGCGAAA